AUGGAGGCGGAGGCGUUCCCGAUACGGUUCACGCAGGGCGUGCGCGCCUACUGGCGGCGCCGCAAGUACCACCGCCUGGCGGAGGACGGCGGCACCAAGCCCCGCUCGCGGUCGCGGCAGCUGGGCUCGGCCUCCGGCGGCGGCGGCGCGCGCAUGCGGCGGCGUGUGCGCGUGCUCCUGGCGGGCCCGCGGCGCGCGCUGGCGCGGGCGCGGGACGCGUACGUGGGCGGCAUGCUGGCGCUGGCCAAGCGCGCGUCGGCGCUCGCGCUGCCCAGCGCCGUCGAGGCGCUCUGGACCAGGCGCGUGCCGCGCCGCAAGCAGGGGCAGCUCCCGGCGCCCGGCGGCAGCGGCAAGCCCACCGAGUUCGAGCAGCGGCUCAUCUUCGAGAUCUACAAGUCCAUCGUCGCGUCCAAGGAGCUCACCACCAUGCUCCACGCCUCCGACGCGCACCUGCCGCCCAAGGCACGCGCCGCGGGGGUACCUUCCACGCAUCUGCUCGACAUGUGA